CUGAGAUUUGUUCGCAUCCUCAAAUAUAUGAAUCUUACAUCCUGAUGUGCGAAAGGGGGGUUUUAAUAUAAAGGGGCCAGUUUUUCGUUCGUCUACUUUUGCUUUACACAAACACGACUACUCAAUGAGCGAUUUACCUUCCCUUAGACAAAAAAUUGAUUCUCUCGAUCACACACUUGUCAGCAUCUUAAACGAACGCGCUCGCGUCUCUCUUGAUAUUGGUGCUGCCAAAAAAAGAGACAUUAAAGAAGAAGACGUGGCCGAUGCCGACGUGCAAGUGUAUAGACCUGGACGAGAAAAAGAGAUUUAUAAAAAGUUGGCACGUCUCAACCCUGGACCUUUGAACGACGAUUCAUUACACGCUAUUUUUAGAGAGAUUAUGUCAGCUUCAAUUGCUUUACAAAAGGAUGUCUCUAUCGCAUACCUUGGUCCCCCAGGUACCUUUUCACAUCAAGCUGCAUAUGAACGUUUAGGCGAUAGUGUAGCAUAUGUUCCUCAAAAGCAGAUUGAUGAUGUAUUUGUCGCUGUUGAAAGAGGUCAAACAACAUAUGGUAUUGUUCCUUAUGAGAACUCAACAUUUGGAUCUGUUGUAGAAACAUUGGAUUAUUUUAUUCAUACUGGCGUACGUGUUCGUGCCGAAACCUACUUGACCGUUCACCAAUGUUUGCUUUCGAACAGUAAGCUGGAUAAGAUUACUAAAGUAUAUAGUCAUCCUCAAGGUUUAGGUCAAACCCAAAAAUGGCUGUCGGUACAUAUCCCAAACGCAAAACGAAUUUCUGUCAAGUCCACUGCUGAAGCCGCAGAAAAGGCAGCUUUAGAAACAGGUGCAGCAGCUGUUUGUAGUGAGAUUUGUGCUGAAUUAUAUGGAUUGGAAGUAGUUGAGGCUAAUAUUGAAGACCUUGCAGCCAACACAACUCGUUUCCUCAUUAUUGGGGCUGCUAGUGAUUCACCCACGAGUGACGACCAUACUCUCAUUACAUUCACUGUUGACCAUCGUCAACCUGGUGCUUUAUGCGAUGGAUUGAAGGUAUUCAAAGACUUUGGGUUAAACUUAUUCAAGAUUGAUUCGCGUCCUAGCGGUCAGCGUCCAUGGCAUUAUGUAUUCUUUGUUGAAUGCUCUGGCCAUCUUGAGAACGAAGAUGUUAAGCAAGCACUUAAGGAGCUUGAUAAAUUUUGCUUGGAUGUUAUUGUUUUAGGUAGCUUCCCCAACCAAAGACCCGAAAAGGAAGAUCAUAGAAAUUAA